UCUCCGGUUGUCAAGGUAGGUUAGACAUCUAUUUUGACCGUCAGUGGAUUCGAAUAUACCUGGUUAUUCGCUGCGCUUAAACUGCCAGUCAUUCAUAUUUCAAUACGGUGGUUCAUUUAUUGAUGUUGUUGUAUUAGAUACACUUUAAUAAACAAUGGGUGCAGUACGUGUAAUUAAUGACGAUGGCCAAUUCUACGGUGAAAUGGCGAGUGCUGGUACAAAAUUGGUUGUAGUAGAUUUUACAGCAACCUGGUGUGGUCCUUGUCUGAGAAUUGCACCAGUAUUUGAGCAACUAUCUGUUAAAUAUCCAAAUGCAGUAUUUCUUAAAGUUGAUGUAGAUAAAUGCACUGAAACUGCUGCUGUACAAGGUGUUAGUGCGAUGCCUACAUUCAUAUUUUAUCGUAACCAAACAAAAUUGGGCUUGUGUCAAGGAGCUGAUCCAAUUGGAUUAGAAUCUAAAAUUCAACAGUUUUAUGGCAGUGGUGAUACGGAAGACUCUGAGAGUCCAGUCUCUGGACAUAUGGACUUAUCUACGUUCAUUACCAAGGCACAAUGCGAAUGUUUAAACGAAUCUGAUGAACAUAAUUUCCUACAAUGUCUGACCACAGACGAUGGAUACCUUGAGAGUGACUGUGACGAGCAAUUGAUAUUAUCUAUUGCAUUUACGCAAGCAGUCAAAAUUCAUUCUCUGAAGAUUAAAGCUCCUAAAGAUAAGGGACCAAAAAAUAUUAAAUUAUUUAUUAAUCAGCCUAGAACAAUUGACUUUGAUAUGGCAGAUUCUAAUACAAGCAUCCAAGAUUUGACCUUGGCACCAAAGGUUCUCGAGGAUGGAACUCCAAUUGCUCUGCGCUUUGUUAAAUUCCAAAAUGUGCAGAAUCUCCAAAUCUUUGUGAAAGAUAAUCAAAGUGGUAAUGAAACAACAAGAAUUGAUCAGUUGGUUAUUAUAGGUUCACCAAUUUCGACUACAAAUAUGGGAGAUUUUAAAAGAGUGGUUGGUACAAAAGGAGAAAGUCAUUAACAGCCAGUACUCUUUACAGACAAUGAAUUAUAAAACAAAAUGUUAUUUUAAAUAUACUUUCCAUAGUCCUUAUGUUUUUCAAGCAUAAUGCAAAAAUAAAAAUGUUCUGAUCAUGUUUUGUUUAUGAAGUAUGUGAACCAUAUAUUGUGCAUUUAGGAUCUGCAAUAAUAAAGAAAAUACUUCAAUUGACAUAUACAUAAAUCAUUUCCGUAUUUAUGUAAGUUUUUUUUUACAAAAUCUAAAAAUUUCCAAAUACAAUAAGCAGUUAACAAGA